AUGGGCAACUAUGGGUCCAAAACUCCAAAGAGACAUUAUCUUGUCUCCAACACGACAGUGGCCUACUUGCUGGACCGAGGGCGCUUGAAGUGGGCCAUGCGCAAGGGUAUGUGUACCACUAAAACCGUCGAGAGGGCUAGGGACCAGAAAGGCCGGGUCAGGUACUGGGGCAACAAGAACCUCCGACAGACCCAGCUCCUUGCCUUUGACAAUAAACAUGAUAUAUUCAAGGUCUACCCCGUCGCCUUUGCCCGCGAGAUGGAGCGCCUCUCCGAGCAGUUGAAGAUGCAUCGCCGUGGCUGUCCUGUGUCAGAGGGAGAUGUGAGUCCAGGGCAGCAGACAGUGUUUUGGAUGGAGCUGGAAAAAUUGCUUGCUGAAGACGCUGGAGAAUCAGAGCAGGAAGUGAUGGAGCCCGUCUCUGCUCCUGUCGACUCGGCUGCGACGAUGGACCAGCCCGAUGAGAUGGCUUCGGCUGUUGACCUACAGCUAGCAGGCUUGGGACAGGAGCCACCGGAAUCCGUGGCACAUGAUGAUUAUGGGGUGAUCAGUUCGGCUGAUGAAGAAGAAGCCGAGGCAGAUCAAUUGCUGCAUCGGAUGCUGCGGGACUCUUUGGGCAAAGUCUUCCCCGGUAUCAAGAAUGAGGCGACCAGUGACGAUGAGGAACUGGAGAAGCUGAUUCGGGCCGCGAAGGCCCGCAUAGACCGAAUGUGCAAACCAAAAUCCCGCCGCCAUGACCUUGAAGUGCCACAAUGGGUACGAGACGAAUGGACGACCGGGGACAAGACGAAGAUAGCCUCCGUUCUCCAGGAGCAAAACUUCGACAAGGACAAGUUCUUGGUCCGCUUGGAGGUCGUCGUUCGUACCAAGACUUCCAUUAAGCUUAAGGUUGAGGAGGGCUGGUACAGUGAGCAAGAGAUGGAGGACGACCUCCAUUGGAAGAAGCGCAAGGGUGCAGUCCAGACUUGUUUGGACGCAGGGCCAAACUUCUACAGGAAGAACCGAUACGACGGCCUGAUGGAGUACUGGGUCGUGGUGCGGGAGACAGGUGUCAGGGCCCAGGAACACAGCCAUGAGAAGGAGCACAAGCAGGAAAGCAAGGUCGAGCAAAUGCCCGCGGUGCCCGGAUGCCUCACGGACCAGAAAAUGUUGGAGGACUACCAGAGCCGUGCACAGAAGCCUACGGCAGCCAUACAGAUCGACCCGAAGCAACACCAGAACAACCAGGCAUGUGCAUCCUACCACCUACAUAAAGAUAACUUGAAGAGCACCUUGCACAAGAUGCUGGAAUCGACUAUGGACAAGUGUGGUAAACUACGAAGCCUGGUACGUGACCUCUCAAAGAAGUACGCACAAGAUGACGAUUGCAAGAAGUCUGUGAAGACUUUGGAGUCUUCUAUUAUGGAGAUCGAGAAGCACUACGAUGACCUCAAUGUGGCCUAUGCCCAGUUCCAUGCUCAGACGGAGAAGCGCAUCAAGGAAGCAACACUUGUGCCGCUGGGCGGCAUUUCAAUCUUAUCGAAAACGUGCGCCCGAGCCACGGCUGCAGAGAUGAAGAUCAGGCCGUUUGUCACUGGAACAGCGCUCUGCACUGCAAGCGAGGAUUGCAGCCCUCAAAGCCAAGCUUCAAACGACUACAUCCACUGCCGGGACAACCUCGACUUUGCGGGGCAACUUCCUGUGGUCACUAAGCGCGACCAGCUCGGUGUGAAGAGGAAGAGGAAGUCUAAAGGCAAAGGUGGCGGCAAAGGUGGUGGCAAGUCCGCCAAGGUGACAUGCGACGAGGCAGAAGCGGAAUCCAAGAUCCCCGAUGACGAGGCGCCGGAGGUUGAGGAGGGCAUCACAAGGACCAAGGGCAAGAAGAAGGGUAAGAAUAUGAAGAAAAAAGGUGGGAAGAAGGGCUUGAAACGUAAGCCGAGCGUCAUGGUGUCACCUUCGAAGCGCAAGCGCCGGAUGAUGAAGAUGUGGCCAGUGCCAGAGGAGAGCACUACUGGCGCCUUUGAGUAUGAGGUGGCCAAGUUCCCGGAUCCGGUGGACCAGGAGGAGGAGGAGGAGGAGCCGUGCGACACGGCUCCUGAAGCGGAGUCGGAGCGCGAGGCGGCUCCAAAGCGCAAGGCUGGGCGUGCUAUGGAGCUGGACGACGAUGAGUAUGCCCGCAUCUCUGUCGAUGACGCCGUUGUGAAGUACCUUUCGAUGGACACAGUGGAGGAGCUCCAUACAGCCAUGGUCGAGUUUGCCGAGAAGUUCAGUGGCGAGGAGCAAUCCCAUUCGCUGAAGCUUCGGAUGAAAGCUGAGCUUGCGCAGUCUGAUGCUUGCAGCUUGACGCAUUACUGGACCAGGUGUUCCACUGGCGUCCUUUUGAAAGAGUCCAAGAAGGAGCUUGUGAACCUCAGUGUUGCCGGUGGGCCGAAACAUGCGGCAUGGACAGCCAAGAUGGCUAUGACAAUGAAAGCCGGUGAGCUUGUGAGCAUCGUUGUGGAUGGCUUGAUCGCCGAUGGCAUCACGAACCAAUGGAUCGUGACAAAGUCUGUCGAGGCCGAUUCAUUCAUCACGGUGAUCAAGGAGCAGCUGCUUGAAGCGCUGCGGCCCGACCAGCGAUGCCUCUUCUUCCGAAAGGAUACCAGUGGCAUGCGAGGCAUGUUCGGGUAUGGGAAUCGUGUGUUCAUUUGUGAUUCAGCGCUGCUCAACUCAUCGAAGCCGUUUGCAGAGGCAUUCGUGCUGAUCUGCCUCCUCGCCGUGUGGUCCGUGGAUCAGCUGGCAAUCCUUUCUAUCUUGAAAUGCUACAAGGCAUUGGUUCACUUCGGCAUCAAAUGCAGCUCGUUCUGUGUGCUGAACAUGGGAACGUCCAAACGCUCGGCAUGCAACUCCAUUGGUUACACAGGGCAUGAAAGUGUAGCUUAUGCGAACAAGCUGCUAGAGAGGACAACUCUCCUGGUGAUGCUGUGCACCGCGAUGGAUGCCUGUUGGACAUUGGAGCAACCGGCUGGUAGCUUCCUUGAAUACUACCCAUGCUGGCGGUCUCUAAUGUUGGCUAUUCGGGGUGUCGGCGGCCCCUACGCAGUUUCCACUGUCCGCUUCUGGAUGGGCAACUAUGGGUCCAAAACUCCAAAGAGACAUUAUCUUGUCUCCAACACGACAGUGGCCUACUUGCUGGACCGAGGGCGCUUGAAGUGGGCCAUGCGCAAGGGUAUGUGUACCACUAAAACCGUCGAGAGGGCUAGGGACCAGAAAGGCCGGGUCAGGUACUGGGGCAACAAGAACCUCCGACAGACCCAGCUCCUUGCCUUUGACAAUAAACAUGAUAUAUUCAAGUUUGAAGUAGCGAACCCCGACAGUCCAAAGAUUACCCAGAAAGGUUAUGUGACCAUCUCCUAUAUAACCUCGUGA